AUGAACAAACUGCGGAAGAAGAACAAAAAGGUGGAAGCACCUUCGUCAUCUCAGUGGUCACGAACAGGUAGUCUCAUGUAUAAGCCAGAGAUAGGAUGGAUUCAUGCAGAUGCUCAGCUGUCUCCAGACGCUGGCAUUUGUUAUGGUGUAAGGUACAUUGGAUGCUUAGAGAUCAAAGAGUCUAUGAAAUCAUUAGACUUUGAAACACGAACAGCAAUUGCCAGGGAGUCAAUCAAAAAGGUUGCAGAGGCAGCAGGCUUAAAGACCGCUUCGAAACAAAAAAAGGCUGACCGGCAUCUUGACAAAAUGCUGGGCAAUAACCCACACAUGCAGUAUGCAGGAGCAAAUAUUAACCUGACUAUCACAACAGAAAGUAUUAACUUAAUGGUAAUGGAAUCUGGAGAGAUUAUAGCUGAGCACCCUUUGCAUGUUGUGUCUUUUGCUUCAGGAGGUGAUGUGGACACACUGGACUUUGUAUCAUAUGUAGCCAAAGAUGCUGAAUAUGGCCGUGCAUGCCAUGUACUGGAAUGUGGUGGUGGUUUAGCAGAAGAUGUGGUCACAACAAUAGGUCAGGCAUUUGAGCUGCGGUUUAAACAAUACUUGAAAAGACAGCCUAAAACUGUCCAGAUAACGGAUAAGCAAGGAGACAAUCCUGCAUUUGUAAGUGAAAGCUUGGGAAAUGGUGAGGACUAUUACAAUGAUAAUCCUGAUGCUAUCCCACCAGAGCCCAGCUUAUCUGUUGAAGCAGCAACCUCAGUAACAUCACCUCUACCUGGGCAUACAGUAAAAAACAAAUCUAAUGAAUCCAGUCAAGAAAAACUUAACAAUGGCAGCAUAGUUAGAGGUUGUGAGCUUAAUACAAAAGAGGAAGGGAGUGAAUGUACAUAUUCAGCCAAAAGUGUGAACUAUGACAACAGAAGUCCUCUACUAACUGAGAUGGACACAAACAGCCAGCCUAUUGAUGCUUUUGACAUGGAACCAUUCAGUGUCAGCCUCCCACCAGCAUCUGAACCACCACCAUCUUCCAUGAAAUCAUCUCACAGGAUCCAGGAAACAGAUUUACGUGAAAACAAAUCUGCUGCAUCCGUGGAGGCAUUGGAACCUGUUUUUGAGGAGUGGUACCAUGGUGAUCUCCAACGCAAGCAGGCUGAAUCAUUUCUGGAGUUUGAUGGAGAUUUUCUGGUUAGAAAAAGUUCAAACAGCCCUGGCCAGUUUGUUCUCAGUGGGAAGCAAGCUGGAGCACCUCGACACUUAUUACUGGUGGAUCCAGAAGGCAUAGUGAGAACUCGUGACUUCAUAUUUGAUAGUGUGAGUCACUUGAUCAACUACCACAGACAGAAUUCCCUCCCCAUUGUUACACAGGGCAGUGAACUGCAGCUUGUCAGACCGGUGAAGGCUUGUAUUUCUGCCAUUUGA